GCGGGAAAACCGCCAUAUGCAUAUACAUCUUGAACCAACCCCAUUCCGGAUAAAAGAUAAAAUUUCAGUGGCGCAGAGUUCUAGUUCCACUAAGCCACGGACAACGUACAGCAUAAGAUCUCUCUAUUUAACUUUGAAACAAAAAAAGGCGAGAUAACAAUGAGCGAGUCAAACGGAAGCCUGGUGACUAAUGCCACAACACCGCAGACAGGAUGUCCUCCCAUGAAUAAACUUCUGUCGGAUGAGACCUUCCGGGCGGUGAAAUCCGUCGUGUUGAUAGUCAUCAUGCUUACUGCCUUUGUAGGAAACUCGCUGGUCAUCAACAUCGUGUCCAGAAACCAGCGAAUGAAAAACGCGACCAACUACUUGAUUGUAAAUCUCGCGGUUUCUGAGCUCGUGACAGUUUGUACAACAAUGGUGAUGACAUUCUAUAUAGCGCUUAUUUACCCGAAAAGUAUGGACUACCUCAACCAAGUGUUUGCCACGGUGAUAUGCAAGUUCUUUAUCGCAUUUCUGGAUGUAUUUUGCCACUCUCUGGCCAUGCUGUCCUUGACGGUGAUCGCGUUUGAUCGGUUCUUCGGCGUCCAGUACCCUAUGAGACGAACCAUCACCAGGACACGAGCCAAGGUCAUCAUUGCUGUCAUCUGGUUUCUUGCUUUAAUUGACUCAUCCCCAAACCUCUACAUCUACUCGGCCGUUGAAGUUCGAGGUAAAAUUGGUUGUCUCAUGAACUGGGCCCCGAUGCAUCCCGACUCCCAAAUAAUCUACGUCUCCACCCAAAUGGUUCUCUUCUAUGCACUACCGCUAGUGGUCAUGGGGAUUUUGUACUCCAUCACUGUCCACAAGCUCUGGGUGCGCCGUAUCCCUGGCAACGUGAUCGCAGCCAAUCAGCGAUUAGAACACAAGACAAAGGUGAAUGUGUUGAAGAUGUGCAUCACUGUAGUGGUGACGUUUGCUCUGUUGUUGUUCCCCAUCUACGUGUUACGAAUCUCGGCUUUGGCGGGAAAACGGCUCUGUAUCACAACAUUUGAGGUGACAGAGGUUCUAGCAAUGAUCCCCAACACCUACUACGCCAUCAACCCUGUUAUCUACUUCCUGUUCAGCAAAGACUAUCGCCGGGGCUUUAUAGCUAUCAUCAAACCGUUGGUCUCCCUGUGUCAUGAUCAUCCAUUUCCGGGUCUGGCGCGUGACGUCAUGAGUGUGAGAAAUACUACCGCGAAUGCGCAUGACAAUGGUGUCCAAUCGCUGAGCCUCCAAACAUUAGACCGGAUAUGACGACACGAGCUUGAAAUCACAUAUACAAGAAAACGUUGUACACCUAUUUCAAUUGAGUUUGAUUAUACGAAAAUUGAGAACAGAAAAGGUUUGGGUGUA